AUGCCACAAACAUGCAAAGCUAACGACAAAUCUCAGCAUUCCCAACCUCAACCACCGGGUAACAACAAUGCCGAGGCAAGUUUUACCAUGAUAAUGGAUGGCUGUAAUGGUUGUAGCAGAGGCAUGGGGAGGGAUACCUAUCAGCUCAUGGGUCAGCCGGCAAGGAGCUUCACGGAAUUUACUUUCAGAACAUCUCCGAUACCUUACUUUCUUAUGGAAUAG